CUCCUCCCAGAGAGGGAGACGUGGGGCCAGACGCCCUCACCCACCGUGCAGGUGCCGGCCGAGCUCACCGAGGCUGAGGCAGGAGGAGGCCGCGCCCAUGGGGUCUCAGCGUCCACCACUGGCCGCCCUGCACCUGCUGGGGCUGCUGGUCAUUUCCUGCCUCAGAGGCCUCGGAGGGCUCAACUUGGAGGACUCAGGGUUCAUGGUGAGACUGAGCGGCUCCAGCUCACGGUGCCAGGGCCAGCUGGAGGUCAACUACAAGAGCACAUGGUACACAGUGCACAGCCAGAGCUGGGGCUGGUCCCUGUUCCACCAGGAGGACCCCAGUCAGGCCUCGAAGCUCUGCCAGGACCUGCAAUGCGGGCAGCCCUUGAUCUUCACUCACUUACAGCCCUUCAGCAGGAGGUGGAUCCUAAACCAGAUCAUCUGCCAUGGACAACAGGUGUCCUUCUCCAACUGCAGCUUGACUAAGACAAACCAGGGGGACCCUCUGUCUCUGAUCUGCUUAGAGCCACCGAGGACGACACCUCCUCCCACGACUUCCCCGCCCACGACUACUCCAGAGCCCACAGCACCUCCCAGGCUGAGGCUGGUGGCGGGGCCCGGGGGCCUGCGCUGUGCAGGCCUGGUGGAGUUCUACAGGGGCAGCCUGGGUGGCACCAUCGGCCUCGAGUCCCAUGAGAGGCUUGAGGAGCCCCUGGGAAACGUCAUCUGUGCAGCCCUGCAGUGUGGCUCCUUCCUGAAGCUUCUAACAGAGACCGAGGCAGCCAGGGCACUGGGGCCAGGAGAGGGCCGACCCUUGCCGGUCCAGUGGAAGAUCCAGAACCCAUGGUGUGUCACCCUGGAGGAGUGCUUCAGGAAAGUCCAGCCCCAGGCGGGUGGCCAAGUUCUUGGCCUUGUCUGUUCCGAUUUCCAGCCCAAGGUGCAGAGCCGCCUGGUGGGGCACAGUGGCACAUGUGAAGGCUCCGUGGAGGUGCGCCAGGGCAAGCAGUGGGACACCCUAUGUGACAGCUCCUCAGCCAAGAGCAUGGCGAGGUGGGAGGAGGUGUGCCGGGAGCAGCAGUGCGGCAACGUCAGCUCCUACCAGAUCCUGGACGAUGGGGAAAAGACCUCCCGGGGGCUCUUCUGUCCCCCAGGGAAACUGUCCCAGUGCCACCAGCUUCUGGAGAGAAAAUCCCACUGCAAGAGAGUGUUUGUCACAUGCCAGAAGUCCAGCCCAGCGGGCCUGGGCGCAGGCACCGUGGUGAGCAUCAUCCUGGCCCUGGUGCUCCUGGCAGUGCUGCUGGUCGUGUGUGGCCCUCUUGCCUACAAGAAGUUGGUGAAGAAAUUCCGCCAGAAGAAGCAGCGUCAGUGGAUUGGCCCAACGGGAAUGAACCAGAACAUGUCUUUCCAUCGAAACCACACAGUGACUGUCAGGUCCCAUGUUGAGAACCCCACGGCCUCCCACGUGGAGAAUGAAUACAGUCAGCCUCCCAGGAACUCCCAGAUCUCAGCCUAUCCAGCUCUGGAAGGGGCCCUGCAUCGCAUCUCCACCCAGCCUGAUAACUCCUCCGACAGCGAUUAUGAUUUGCACGGGGCUCAGAGGCUGUAAGAGAGCUGGGAACAAACCAGGAACAAACGUCAAGAGCCAGACCCUCUGUCCCCAGAGCUGCCUGCAGUCACCGCUUGGAAACGAUGCUCCUGCCCAGCGGGACCACGGAUGUGACCUUCUAACACGGCCCACUGCCAGCUCUGCCAUCUCCCCACUGAGCCCAGCCCGGGUGGAGACCCCACCCUGGCUCAGUUGGCUGUUCCAAGUGCAGACGCUGUGAAAGGACCGAGCUCGGAAAUGAGCAGCACCCCAGCAGAGACGUUCGGGGUCCUGACCCAGGCAGCCCCUCCCCCAUCAACAGGAUCGGCUCUCUUCUCAGACUCUGGCCCCGUGGAACCCACGAGGAAGCUCACACCUGGGGGUGGGGAGGGCUGAUUUCUCUCAUGUCUUUUUAAUAUGCUCUUUGUAAAUAAUGCUUUUUCUGCUGCCUGA